AUGCGUGCACUGUGUUUGUUGUUUGUUUUGGGAUUAUGUGUCCACCGCAGGGCUACCGUUGGCCAGAUAGUGUCGAGUUCUGCGAAUCUCCCCGCCGUUUGCCAGGACGGAGCACUGGAUGUGUCGGGAAAGUGUGUCUGCAAACCAGGGUUCGCGGAGUACCAAGGUAACUGUUAUCGCGUCAGUCGAUCGAUCGGGACCACUGGCCACUUAGGAUGUCCGCUAGGGUCAGUGGAGCGCCUUGGUUUUUGCCAUUUCAUCCCGGUGCCACCGAUGCGCGAGGUUAUCCCUGCCCAGGAGAAAGUGAUCGUGGUUCCACCGUGGCGCAUCGAGCUCCCGCUACCGGUGCUACCGGAUGAGGAUGAGGAUGAGGAACCGAUUCCCGAGGAUGACCGGGAUGUCGAGGAGGUUAUCGCACCGCCAGUGAAGCUAACGUUUGAAAAAUCCGUCAACAACCAUAACGUUAUCAACAACGCAACCACCGUACACACGAGCAACGUGAACAAUGUCUUCGUCCAUAUGACGAGGAAGUUGCCGAGCGGAGCGAUUCGAACGGUGGUAAUCAGAAACAAUGAAACGACGGUGUACGAUGAGGAUGAGUACAACGGCAAGGCCAGUACAACAGCACCUGGGCCAGCGACCACGGCGCCGCACACGACUACCAAGCAACCACCGUGCUGUAAGAUCGUGGGUCCAAGAGUUUGCCGCAAGCAGGCCGAUGAGUGGGUGUGCUUCCACCGAAAGCAUUACGUUUGUAACGAGGUCUGUACGGCGGACGAGAUGUAUCUUCGACCACGGCCGCGGCAACGAUGCCCUCCGGGGCGCUGUUCUAUCUCAGAUUGUUCCGAAUGUCUGCGAAGUAACAGAAGAUGCCAUCCAAUGUGCUACCCGUACGAUUGCGGAGGAAGUAGUUGCCACUUCGUGGACGCUGAUUCGCUUUGCCGGGAUAGUCUGCAAUAUGUGUGCGUCUUGUUGGAGGAGAAAAUCAUAGAGCCUAGUGGCAACUGAUAGCAUAAUCGCCACACCAUUCGAUUCGUCGCGUUCUCACCAGUCACAGUUCGGAAGCUGCUUUAGAACCAAACAAACCGUAACCGUACGUGUAAUUUAGAGUAAUCCGGGGGGUCGGUGAAAUAAAACACUUUCGUCUGUAGAAAUUUAUG